AUGGAAGAGAGUGAAAACACGCGGUAUUACCUCAAUCGCAUGCAAGAAAUUGCCAUUCCCAAUUAUCGUCCAACCGAGGAGGACAUUGUAUGGUCGCGUCGUCCAACGGAUUCUAUUAUUGAAGAAGAAAUUUUCGUCCACGGUACUUCAAUAACUUUCAUCGACGUCGGCGGACAGACGAGGGAGCGUCGGAAGUGGUGCCAAACCUUCACCGAUAUGACCUCUGUUCUCUUCCUCGUGGGUUCGUCGCAUUAUGACGAGCUGUACCUCGACCGGGUGACUGGUGAGUACCGCAACAAACUGCGCGAAGCAAUGACAGUUUUCGAGUGUCUCAUUAACUUUGACUCCUUCCGUCGCGUCUCCAUAAUCCUCUUUUUCAACAAGAGCGACCUCCUUAAAGAAAAGGUUGAAGCUCGCGUCUCCGGAAUCCGUGCGCACUUCUACGAGUUUCCGCAGGAUGCGGACGAGUUUAACCUGGUGGCGGUGCAGAACUUCCUUGUUGAAGCCUUCGCUUCCCUCGUGGAUCCGAUUGUCUUUUGUCCAGCAGACGAGCUCACCCCAACCUCCUCUCCACUGUUUCAGAACCGUUUGAGUGGUUUCCAGAGAAAAUCGGCGAUCUCACAGCCGGCAGUUGGUCGCAGCGCCUCGAUGAAUGCGAACCCGCAUCGAGGAAGCAAUCCUUGCGAUAGGAUUCCCCGUAAAAGGACAAUUUACAGGCAUUUCACCACGGCAGUGGAUAGGAAAAACAUCAAGACUGUGUUCAACGCAAUGCAGGACACAAUUCUCCAAAAUAACCUCCGGCGAUUAAUGCUAAGUUGA